GCAAGUGAAGCUGGGGGUCAGUCCCCAGGAGCUGCAUUUCAACAAACUGCUUCUGCACAGGACUGAGACCCAGACCCUGGUCCUGAGAAACGACAGCCCACUGCCCAUGGCAUGGCAUCUCAGUGGGUGGACGACCUUGGAGAUGAGUUCUCUGCAUCGCAAGGCAGGGGCAUCGUUGGGCCCCGCACAGACUUUGAGGUGAAGCUGAAUUUCAAGGCCGAGAAGAUUGGCAUCACAAAUAAGAUGAUCCAACUAGAGGUUUCAGAUACAGAAAACAUCCUGGGCAUUGUUCAGGCUGAAACCAUCAAAGUCUCUGUGGAGGUCUACGAUGUUAAUCUGAGCAUCAACAUGCCUGAAGGUCCAGAUGGCAGCUUGGAAUUUGGAACCAUUAAUGUCCUGGAUAAUAAGAAGCAAGUCCUGAGUCUGCAGAACAAAGGCUUAUAUGACUUUGAGUACAGUUUCAAGCUGACCACUGGAAGUGCCAAGAGGGGUGACUUGGAAUCUCCCUUCACUGUCCGGCCGCAGGGGGCUGUGCUGAAAGCCUCCCAGCCACCUGUGAAAGUUGAGGUCCUCUUCCACCCCACGACUGAAGUGUUUCUCGAGAGCAAACCCAUCCUGCUCUGCCAGGUCAUUGAUCUCAAAUCGGGUCAAGGAGGCGAGACCGUUGCCACCAUCCCAGUGAGGGUGUCGGCGAGAGCUGUGUACAGCAAGUACAGCAUCGAGCCUGCCUCGCCCAUCGACUUCGGUGCCAUGGUUAAGGGCACCAAGAAGAGCCAGGUCUUAAUUGUGGAGAACAAAGGCGCCCUCAACUUCAAAUUCCUCAUCCGCCAAGCACCUCCACUGCAAAGUUCACAGCAAGAGGAAUCUGCCCCCUCGGUCAGGGAAAGAAAACGUUCCACACAGGCUCAGCUCACUGCAGGUGUGUUCACGGUGUCCCCUUGCUCCGGCUCCGUCGGUCCUGGGGGCCAGCAGAAGAUCACAGUGGAUUGCAACACAGGAGCAGAGGGGAAAUGCGAGGAGCAGCUGUACAUUGACAUCAGCAACAGAGACCCCAAGGACAAUCCCCUCGGCAUUCCCUUUACCCUGACUGCCGAGUCCUGCUUCCCAGCGCUUGUUGAAGACGUCACGUCCAUCUUUGAGCAGUACCCGAUCCACAGCAACGUCAAUCUCCACCAGACGUUACAGUCGGUGCAAGGCCAACGGUGUGUUCAUCAGAGAUGA